AGGAGGAGGAGGAGGAAGAAACCCCCAUUCAAAUCUUUCCUUGCUUCCUUCCUUCCUUUUCUUUCCUCCCAUCAGACACCGGAUCCACUCACUCCUCGGCCUGCCUUCCUUCCUCCUCCUCCUCGGCUUCCUUUCCCCAGAGGCUCCUCCCUUCCAGCAAAAAAAUAAGGGAGAGAAGACCCACGGAAGAGUUUCUCCUCCUCCUCCUCCUCGGAGGGUCCAAAGAUCCACGGUCCUGCGUGGCGUGGACUUUCCUCCCUCCCCAAAUCCACAAGGAAGGGGGAAAAGGACAAGAUAUUUUAUUUUUUGCGGGAAAACCAAGCCCAGCUCUUUCCCAAUCCGGAUCCACCCAAGGAGCCCCCACGCGUGGAAAGGUGUCACGCCGAUUUUCCCUCCUUCUCAAAGGUUUCGGAGUGAAGGAUCUUUUCUUUGUCCAAAGGCAGCAGGACCCAAAAUUUUUUGUUUGAUGAGAAUCUGAAGUCUCAUAUGGUGGAUGUACAAAUAUACCUUUCUGGAAAUAAGGAAGGACGUCUCUAUGUCCUUUUUGAGAAAUGGGCCUGUGCAUUGUAAGUUGACCUGUAAGUUUGCCAAGAGGAUUGGAAAAUCCAGUGCAACGUGGCAGCAGCUAAACUUACUUACAUCUGUGGAAGUCAACUACAACCCACCCCAUGCAUUUCCUGGAACAGAGGAAAUUAUAUUCCCAACAGCCAGAGCCUAGACCAGCUUUCAGCUUGGUUGAACCACAGCUGUGGUUUGGCUUGGAGGUUUUGGCGGCACCCUCAAGAUCUGAAGUGCCGCAAAUCAGAUUGAUGCCGGCUGGGAGGAAACAUACUAUAGUUAUCUCUUUCCUUUCAAAUGGCAGCUGAUCUCGAAGAACCGCAGAUCAACUAAAGAUCUAUCCUUAAGCACCCACUUCUGUUUUAUUUUUAAAGAAAAAUAUAUAUUUAUUUAUUUGUCCGUCUUGAGCCAGGGAGAGAGUGCGGUUUCUCCCCCUCUCGCCAUGUUCUUCAGCCGUGCCAAAUCGUGGCUCCCCGGUCUGCCUUGGCGAAGGCCGAAGGCGGAGGAUGUUUGGGGCAAGCCUCAGGAGGACUGGAAGGAAGGGUUCGAGAAGACGCCACCCCGCGCGCCCCCUCCCUCCAAAGCGAGAUGGUGGAGCGGGCCCCGGGUCUUGGAAGCUAUCGGCUGGGGCCAAAACGCUGCUGGCGGAGCUCACUCCUUGCUGGCCAGCAUACCUCAGCACCUGACCCCACCAAAGUCCUCCAUGGAGUCGCCGGAGCAUUUCCAGAUCUGCUUCAACUUUGCCCGCCACCUCUUUGACCUGUGCGUGGUGACUUUGCUGUGCGCUUCCUCGCCAGCUUUCCGACUGGUUUUGGACAUUGUUGGAUUCGGGGGUCCCAUUAAGGUUUGGCUCCACGGCUUUGCCUGCUUCUUGGUCACCGCCUAUGGCAUGUACUUGGCCCUCUGGCUGGUGCAGGAGUACCUUGUGCAGUUUGCGUGCCUCUAUGGCUUCCUACAGACCCUGGUUUUAUGCGUCAGCAUCCGGGCAGGACCGCUGGAGCCCCAAGAAGAUGAACAGGGUGCUGACCUUGAUGCGACGAAGGGAGAGACAAGCAAGGAAGAGGAACUGUCAGCCACUGACACAAGUAAACAAUAACUGGCACAACGAGGAAAUGGGUGUCCUUAAGCCACCUCUUGGUAUUUCUAGCCACCUCCUCUUAUUUAUUGGGGAAGACAUGUGGGAUGGAAACCAAAGAGAAUAAUGGGAUCAUCUUCCAGAAGAGUCAGGAAGAUGGAGCUGAUGUCUUUUAUUUAGAAUGUCUGGACAGAUGAAACAGAACAGGGUGUCGUUCUGGUAUGUUUGCAUAUUUGGAAAAAAAUCACAGUGAUCCGGGGAAUAUGAUCUUGUGUUACCAAAUCCUUUUGCUGCAAUGGAUCCCCAGUAUCAACUUAUGAGCUGUCACGAGGCAAAGAGCCAUUUGGUUGGAAAGGGGGAUCCAUUUGCGCUGACAACCUUCAUCAGGUAUCAAGGAAGGAAUAGAUACGGGAUUCACUACACUUCACAUAUAUUCUAGCGUGAAAUUGAUUUUCCCAUCACAAGCUGCUUCCAGAGGAGCUGGGUGGUUAUGAGAUAUGGGAAGCGAAGCAGAGGUGGUAAGGAUUGUUGUGUGUUUUCCAGGCUGUAUGGCCAUGUUCCCGAAGUAUUCUCUCCUGACAUUUCACCCACAUCUAUGGCAGGCAUCCUCAGAGGUUGUUAGGAUGCCUGCCAUAGAUGUGGGCGAAACGUCAGAGAAUAUUUCUGGAACAUGGCCAUACAGCCCGAAAAACACACAACAACCCUGUGAUCCCGGCCAUGAAAGCUUUCAACAAGAGAUGGUAAGAUUCCUUCUUGGAUUCUUUGACAGAAAACCAUGCAGGACUUUUUUAAGUUUGCAUGACACUUCCUAAAAGUUCUGGUAUUUGUAGCCCCAAAAGAUUACUUUGGCAAGCUCUGUAUUUGCCACUAGUUUAUGUUUUUAGUCCAGACAUGUGUAUAUGAAGCACACACAGCUCACAAUUUCACAGGAGUGCAUUUUCAUCGAGUCUUGGGGUUUCCACAGACCUAUUAUUUCCACUGGUCUUGAGCUUUUUGCUUAGCUUUCAAGGUAGAGAUUAUGUCUUCAGUUUGUAGAGAGCACACAUUACAGUGGGCCUGAUGCACCUGCUUUGGUUCAGUUUUGGGACCUGCCACAGAUAUGGAAAGACAUGGUUAAUCAUGUUCCAUAUUAUUCUUAAAUAGGGGGUGACAUAGAUGUUCACACUUUAAUGUGUCUGCAUUUAUAUUACCACCAUUUAGUGAUACGGGUUAUGAUGAUCUGUGAUCAGUGAAAAACGCAGAUCCAGAACAUGCAUAUCCAGAGGACCCAUAGAACUUCCUAUAUUUGCAGUUGACCAUAAUGUUGAGGAACCUUUUGCUCUCCAGUGCUGUUGGGCUACGACCUCCAUCCAUAAUCCACUGGUUUCACUAGCUUGGUCUUGUGGGAGUUGAAAUCCCAGUAACCAAGGGCCAAAGGACCCCUAAGCUUAGUUAAGUGUAUGCAAGCAGGUUUUUUAUGGAUGGGGAUUUUUGGAUUGGAGGGGAGAGAGGAGGCUUAUAAAAUGAGUAUGGAAAGGACUGGUUAGUUGCAUUUUAUGGGGCCAAGAUGCAACAUAUCAAGCUAGAAGUUGAAAUGUCGAGGUGUGUUGAGAAAGUCUUAGAUAAUUGGGACCAAAGAGUGGAUUCAUUAUUAUCUGAGCCAGAGUCGGAGGCUGGAAAAAGGACUUUUAAAGACUCUAGUUCCUCACCAUAUUCACUGGAGAAAUCCGUGAGUGAUAGUCCAAAAUAUGUAGACCUUUUCAAGUUCUUACUACUGUAGGUGAUCUCAGCUGAGGGAGUGGUGUGCAUUUGAGAUUUCUUAUUGAGUCAAUUGGAGCAAGGAUUGUUUUUCACAGAACACAUCUACUACACGUUUGAGAGAAAGAGAGAAAGAAUCUACUGAAAUUGGAAGACCGAGAUAAACCAGACAAAAAUUGACAUCUGGGGAGAGGGUAGCUUUGCCUUUAAGACAAAACAGGAUAGAAAAUUUCCAGGGGAACAUAAUUUGGAGCAGAGGAGGCAUGUGAAUUCAAAAAUAUAUGUGUGUGAGUGAGAGAAAGAACAGUGAAAUAGCAGCAUACCCUUGUUGAGGUUAGCCUUGAUUUUCGGAACUGCUUCUAACGAAGUUGUUGAGAUGGGGCAGGAUGCAUUCUUGGAAACAUGGUCUUCUCUGUCUUCUCUCCUCCCAACCAGCCUCAGGGAUAAGCUUUUCUGAGCCUAGAGCCCCUUUGCUUCUCCUCACCAGCAUCUAAAAACCUCUCCAGAAUUAAGAGGGAACUGGCUCUUCAGCUUUUUUCUUGCUUUCUAUGUUUCCUCAGCACUAUUACAGUUAUUUCACUGGAACUGAGCCUAUGGUUCUGGGGCAGAAGGGAGUUGUUUGAGGGAGUUGUUUGUGUGCAGAGAGGCAUCCAGACUCUUCCUCCUUCAGCUUGAUUUUGCAUGAGCCAUUCAGAGAGUCGAAUGACAAGCCUACCACUUCUCGUUCCUGCCUAAAGUGUAAAUCUCACCCUGCUAUGGGGCAAAGUGAUGACUCAGCUUUCCUUGGAAUGAAAGAGUUUACAUCUGGAGAAAUUUGGCUAAACUCUAUCCACUUCAUGAUUGGAGGGAUCUUGAACCACUCUGAUUUAAGAUCUCCGAAGUUCAGGUGUUCCUCUUGGUACCCACAGGGUAAAUUGACCUAUGUAUAACCUUUGUGGUCCUGUCUAUGUAUGUUGUCGGGAGCUCGCCCAUUUCGGAGAAGUAACUUUUUGGGAAUACAGCUCCCUGAAUCCUCCCACUUAGCCAGAUGCCAUGAUUUGGGGAACCAUACUCCAAAAGCGUACCAUCUCCAAGCUCCAGCUGGGGUUGGAGCUUGGAGCACUGUUGAUAGUCUUAGGAAGACUGAAAAUAUAACUUCUGUUUUCUUUCAUUAAGAAGUGCCAUUCUGAACAGACUUAUGAAUAUCCCCGUGAGCACCACUGUGAUCAUUUAGAUCAGAAAUGGUUGACUUGAGGCCCUCCCAGUGUUGUUGGAGUGUAAUUUUCAUCAGCUCUGAUCAUUGUAGCCUCUGGUGAGGGAUGAUAGGAGUUGCAAUCCAAACAACACCUGGAUGUUGUAAGUUGCCCACUCCUUCCUUAGAUUCUAGAUCAGUGGUUCUCAAUCUGGGGUCCCCACAUGUUUUAGGCCUACAAAUCCCAGAAAUCCCAGUCAGUUUGCCAGCUGUUAGGAUUUCUGGGAGUUGAAGGCCAAAAACAUCUGGAGACUCCAGGUUGAGAACCACUGUUCUAGAACAAAAGUCACUCUCUAGACUGAAUAACCAAUUCUAUGAUGCUGCUAUACUAUGCUAAUAGCAAGUUAUAUGUUUAGGUUUCUGUUUUUUU